AUGUGGUCUCUCGACCUUUGUCAGCAGAAAAGUAAAGUAAAGAAGCAAAUCAUACAGAGAGAUAGAGGAAGAAGAAAGGUUGUCUUCUAUCCUUUUCACCCUCUUAAUAGUGAUCUACAAUGGCGGCCUCUGUUCAAAACCGGGCAGUUCGGUCACCUCGAACAGGGCUUAAACGGCGCUAUCCGUGCCUUCAAGCCCGGUCGGUCCGACUCUCCGGUCCGUGGCUUCAAAAUCCCCACAAGCCCAGAACUGAACGUUCCUAAAAACCUGUCAUAUUGGAAGAUUCAUCCAGCGAUGAUGAUGAAGAAAAUAAUAGAAAAGACGCCAUUAAGCAAGGCCAACGCGGAGUUGGAACCACCGGCUUUGGAUUCCAGAGAUGAAG